AUGAGCACCGAAUUACAGUAUUUUGGAAUGGGGAGCUUGGGGCGGUGGAGCACAGGAUUCAUGGAGUGUUUAAAGAAGAUUAUUACAAGAAAUAGGCUUAUUAUGGAGUGGAUAUCUGUUGUUUUUCUUACAUUCUUCUUCUCGGCAUGUUUUUACGCAACAUGGAACGUUACUGGCCGCAACACAGAGAGUCUUACGGAGGUUCCUUGUUCAUGGACUAUCAAAGCUGUUUACACUUGGUUUGAGUCGAUGGCGAAAAAUCUCGACACAAACGGGACUUGGGAGACGGCCAAUGGGGCACGAUCGAGUGUGGGCGGUCCAAGAAGGCUACUGGGUGGGCCGGGAUCAUCACCGCCGAGGUGCAACUCGAAAUGCGGGAGGUGCAAGCCGUGCAAAGCGGUCCAUGUGGCCGUGCCACCUGGUAACCCGGUCACCGCAGAGUACUACCCUGAAGCUUGGAGGUGCAAGUGUGGGAACAAGCUGUACAUGCCCUAAAGCAAGAUAAAUGUGGGCCAGCAUUACAAUAGUGUUUGCGUAUUGCUCUUGUUUCACAUUAAUAUCACUUUUGAUUUGAUGAGUAGGUUAUAAUAACUUAUGAGACGUAUUUAUUUUUAUGUUGUUGUUAUUAUUAAUAUUUAAAUGCUAUUAAUAUUUACUAAUGUUGGGGUGUGAAAAAUACGUCCU